AUGGCUAGGACUAAGCAGACCGCUCGCAAGUCCACCGGUGGCAAGGCGCCGCGCAAGCAGCUGGCCACCAAGGCGGCACGGAAGAGCGCGCCGGCCACGGGCGGCGUGAAGAAGCCGCACCGCUACCGGCCCGGCACGGUGGCCCUGCGCGAGAUCCGCCGCUAUCAGAAGUCUACGGAGCUGCUGAUCCGCAAGCUGCCGUUCCAGCGGUUGGUGCGCGAGAUCGCGCAGGACUUCAAGACCGACCUGCGCUUCCAGAGCUCGGCCGUCAUGGCGCUGCAGGAGGCGUGCGAGGCCUACCUGGUGGGGCUCUUCGAGGACACCAACCUGUGUGCCAUCCAUGCCAAGCGCGUCACCAUCAUGCCCAAGGACAUCCAGCUUGCGCGCCGCAUCCGCGGGGAGAGGGUCACUUGCUGGGGAUGGGGUGGGGGAACCCCCAAGCCGCCAUGUUGGGAAGAUAUUCAGGCAGCCCUGUGGAGACGCCGGCACGAUAAGAAGCUGAUGCAUUCUCCAACAGUCAGUGGGCAACUACCAAUAGCCGUUAUUAUACUUACUCGAAUUGUUGAGAUGUCUGGUCGCGGCAAGGGUGGGAAGGGCCUGGGGAAAGGAGGUGCCAAGCGCCACCGUAAGGUUCUGCGCGAUAACAUCCAGGGGAUUACCAAACCCGCCAUCCGACGCCUAGCUCGGCGUGGCGGGGUGAAGCGCAUUUCCGGCCUUAUCUAUGAGGAGACCCGUGGGGUGCUGAAGGUGUUCCUGGAGAACGUGAUCCGGGACGCCGUUACCUACACUGAGCACGCCAAGCGCAAAACUGUCACCGCUAUGGACGUGGUCUACGCGCUCAAGCGCCAGGGACGCACUCUGAAUAAGCCCAGAACCAAUUCUGUGGGCGGGGAAGGGCGGGGCAGGCGAGGGAGGCAGCAGUCUAUUGUCCAAUCAAGACGCGAGGGUCCAUAUAUAUAUUGGGACGACUGGUUCCUCUUACUACUGUUAAAUAAUUGGCGCUGCCUGUGUAUGGCUCGCACUAAGCAGACCGCUCGCAAGUCCACAGGCGGUAAGGCGCCGCGCAAGCAGCUGGCCACCAAGGCGGCCCGUAAGAGCGCGCCGGCCACGGGCGGCGUGAAGAAGCCGCACCGCUACCGGCCCGGCACGGUGGCCCUGCGCGAGAUCCGCCGCUACCAGAAGUCCACGGAGCUGCUGAUCCGCAAGCUGCCGUUCCAGCGGUUGGUGCGCGAGAUCGCGCAGGACUUCAAGACCGACCUGCGCUUCCAGAGCUCGGCCGUCAUGGCGCUGCAGGAGGCGUGCGAGGCCUACCUGGUGGGGCUCUUCGAGGACACCAACCUGUGUGCCAUCCAUGCCAAGCGCGUCACCAUCAUGCCCAAGGACAUCCAGCUCGCCCGUCGCAUCCGCGGGGAAAGAGCUUAA